AUGUCGGAGCUGAGUGAUGAAGCCAGUGAGUCGGAGCUGCUGAGCCGCAGUCUGUCCAUGUGGCACGGGGUCGGUCAGAUGAUCUGUCGGGAAGAGCUGGACGUUCCCCUGGACUUGCAUACGGCCUCCUCCGUCGGCCAGUAUGAAGUGGUGCAGGAGUGUAUUCAGCGUGGAGAUCUGGAUUUAAAUAAGAGGAAUUGUGGUGGCUGGACUCCACUGAUGUAUGCCUCCUACAUCGGCCACGACACCAUUGUGCAUCUGCUGCUGGAAGCAGGAGUGAAUGUGAACAUCCCAACACCAGAAGGGCAGACACCUCUCAUGCUGGCCUCCAGCUGUGGAAAUGAAAGUGUUGCUUACUUUCUUCUACAGCAAGGUGCAGAGCUGGAGAUGAAGGAUAUUCAUGGUUGGACUGCCUUGUUUCACUGCACCAGCGCCGGACAUCAGCAGAUGGUCAAGUUCUUACUGGACAACGGGGCAAACGCCAACUGCAAGGAGCCAGUGUAUGGAUAUACGCCUCUGAUGGAAGCAGCUGCUUCUGGCCAUGAGAUCAUUGUUCAGUACCUUCUCAACCAUGGAGUGAAGGCAAAUGUCAGAGAUAACACUGGAGCAACAGCACGGACAUUGGCCAUGAAGUAUGGACAUACGAAGAUUGUGGGGCUGAUAGAUUUGCAUGCAGCCCCAGUGCCCAAGGUCUUCUGCAGGGGUCCAGGAAAAUAUGAAGAGCUGAGUUCGUCAGAUGAAUCAUGUUCUGCUCCUCAGAGACAGAGACCUGUUCGUAGGACCAAGGGUCCCAGCAUCCAUGAUGGGCCUCAGGCUUUGGCAAAGAUAACAGCAGUUGGAAUCGGGGGAAAGAAGCACUCUUGCUAUGAGCAGGUCCCUCCUCAGGGCUAUGUUACCUUCAGUGAUGAUGGCAGCUGUGAAGCAGACAAUAUCCGGAACCGGGAUGUUACGUCUCCAAUUAAUGAGCAGGAUGUGGAGAGCAGCAGCAGCAGAGAGGAUAAUGUAUUCUUCACCAACAACUUAGCAACCAUCAGGAGCAGCAGUAGCAGCAGUGAAUGCCUGACCAAAGCCCCGGGAGUCAGCAGUGAAGGCUCCUUGGAAAGCAAUGAGGAUUCUGACCAUGCCAACAGUCCCCCUAGUCGGAAACAAGCCAAGAGCUUCAAGGUCAAGAACCGCUACAGCAACAGUGAUAGCCAGUGGACCCACUGCCCAGGGAAAGCUGGGGGCUCUAGUCAGCACCUAAUCCUUCCUGAGCCCCCUGCCUAUACAGGGCCCCAGGACCUGGCAACGUUCCUUGACCAGAUUGGGUGCCUGAAGUAUCUGCAAGUGUUUGAGGAGCAAGAUGUUGACCUCCGGAUCUUCCUGACCCUCACAGAGAGUGAUCUGAAGGAAAUCGGCAUCACUCUGUUUGGGCCGAAGAGGAAGAUGACCUCCGCCAUUGCCCGAUGGCACAGCAAUGCUCGGCCGCCCAGCGAUGCCCUGGAGCUGGCCUAUGCGGAUCGGCUGGAGGCGGAGAUGCAGGAGCUGGCCAUUCAGCUGCACAAGAGGUGUGAAGAGGUGGAGGUGAUGAAGGGCCAGGUGUGCCAGGAGCAGAAGCUGCGUGCAGUGGCUGAGAGCUGUUUGAUGGAGCGGGAUGAGACCUGGAAUGCAAUCCAGUGUCAGCUCAGAGAGGUUCAGGCCAUCACCAAGGAUGCUGGAGUCCUGCUGGAUCAGAUCAAAUCCUGUCAAGCAGAGCUGUCCUCCCGGCUCACCCAAGGGCAGGCGGUCGGCAGAGUGCUGGACACAAAGGGGCAGCUGGGACCCGGUGAGAGCCGGCGGCCUGGAGAGCGUCCGGUGCUGGAAGGAUGGCCACCUUCCUUGAAGUCUCUAAGUUUGCCUGAGCUGUCAGCUGUCCUAGAGGAGUGUGUGGGAGAAAUGGGAAAAGCUCUGCAGACUGUGACUCAAAACCUCCAAAGGCUCCAAGCCCCAGGGCAGAGCGGGCAGAGCUGGCUAGAGCCAUAA